AUGAUCUUCGGAAGGUCGCUUUCGCGCGCCGUCGCGCGUGCGCCUUCGUCCAGCCUGGUCGCACCUUCGCAGCGCCUCGCCGGCUUCCACUCCACUGCCUCGGCUUCGCGCAUCAUCGCCUCGCAGCCUCUUCGCGCCAAGGAGGCCGCUCGCCCGCUCGACGCCGCCAAGGGAUACCCCGUCAUCGACCACGAGUACGAUGCGAUCGUCGUCGGUGCCGGUGGUUCCGGUCUGCGUGCCGCGUUCGGUCUUGCUGAGGCCGGCCUCAACACCGCCUGCAUCACCAAGCUCUUCCCCACCCGCUCGCACACCGUCGCCGCCCAGGGCGGUAUCAACGCCGCGCUCGGCAACAUGACCGAGGACGACUGGCGAUGGCACAUGUACGACACCGUCAAAGGCUCCGACUGGCUCGGUGACCAGGACGCCAUCCACUACAUGUGCCGCGAGGCUCCCCGCACCGUCAUCGAGCUCGAGCACUUUGGUCUUCCCUUCUCCCGCACCAAGGACGGCAAGAUCUACCAGCGAGCCUUUGGCGGUCAGUCGCUCAACUACGGCAAGGGUGGCCAGGCCUACCGCUGCGCCGCCGCUGCCGACCGAACCGGCCACGCCAUGCUUCACACCCUCUACGGCCAGUCGCUCCGCCACAACACCAACUUCUUCAUCGAGUACUUUGCCCUCGACCUCAUCAUGGAGGACGGCGAGUGCGUCGGCGUCACCGCCCUCAACAUGGAGGAUGGCACCAUCCACCGCUUCCGCGCCCACAAGACCGUCCUCGCCACUGGUGGUUACGGCCGUGCCUACUUCUCCGCCACCUCGGCGCACACCUGCACCGGUGACGGUAUGGCCAUGGUCUCGCGUGCCGGCCUCCCGCUCCAGGAUCUCGAGUUUGUUCAGUUCCACCCCACCGGUAUCUACGGUGCCGGCUGCCUCAUCACCGAGGGCUCGCGCGGUGAGGGUGGAUACCUGCUCAACUCCGAGGGUGAGCGAUUCAUGGAGCGAUACGCUCCCACCGCCAAGGACCUUGCCUCGCGCGACGUCGUCUCGCGUUCCAUGACCAUCGAGAUCCGCGAGGGUCGCGGUGUCGGUCCCGAGAAGGACCACAUCUACCUCCAGCUCUCGCACCUGCCCCCCGAGGUGCUCCACGAGCGUCUCCCCGGUAUCUCGGAGACCGCCGCCAUCUUUGCCGGCGUCGACGUCACCAAGGAGCCCAUCCCCGUGCUGCCCACCGUCCACUACAACAUGGGCGGUAUCCCCACCAAGUACACCGGUGAGGUCAUCACCAAGGGCCCCAACGGCGAGGACAAGAUCGUGCCCGGCCUCUACGCCGCCGGUGAGACCGCCUGUGUGUCCGUCCACGGCGCCAACCGUCUCGGCGCCAACUCGCUGCUCGACAUUGUCGUCUUCGGCCGUGCGUGCGCCAACCACAUCAAGGAGAACCUCUCGCCCGGCAAGCCCCACAAGGAGCUCAAGGGUGACGCAGGCGCCAAGUCCAUCAACGACCUCGACUGGGCCCGCAACGCCAACGGCUCCAAGACCACCGCCGAGAUCCGUAACGACAUGCAGCGUGUCAUGCAGUCCGAUGCCGCCGUCUUCCGAACCCAGAAGACGCUCGACGAGGGUGUCCAGAAGAUCGACAAGGUCUACGACAGCUUCCCCGACGUCUCGGUUCAGGACCGCUCCAUGAUCUGGAACUCGGAUCUGGUCGAGACCCUCGAGCUCAAGAACCUCCUCACCUGUGCCACCCAGACCAUGCACUCUGCCGCCGCUCGCAAGGAGUCUCGUGGUGCUCACGCACGUGAGGAUCAUCCUGAUCGUGACGAUGAGAACUGGAUGAAGCACACGCUUUCCUGGCAGCACGAGAGCACCGGCGACAAGGUCAAGCUCGACUACCGUGGUGUCAUUAACACGACGCUCGACGAGGCCGAGUGCAAGCCCGUUCCUCCCUUCAAGCGACAGUACUGA